GGCUUUAUCAUCGAAAUCGAGUCGGCCGGGGUAGUUUAGGAACCCUGCUCGAUCUACGUCGGGCGUUGUUCUCCUGUUUCAGCAAGCGACAACAACAAACCGUGGAUGACUCGAUAGCCAGCGCAUUUCUGUCGAUCGAAUUCAGUGUGCCAAGGGACUAUUUUGCCUCGUGCAGUUGUUUUCGUUGACCCGUAGAGAAGAAUCAGUCAAACUGUGGGGUGCAGGGGCCUUCUUCCUUCCCCAUCAGGGGAUGUAUUACCCGCACAUGGUCCAAGCGGGCAUGACGGGCGGCAUGACGCAGUUCGGCGCCGCCCCCGCUGCCGCCCCCUCCCCCUUCCCGCCGCCCCCCGCUGUCGCCGCCCCUGGCCAGAACGGCGUCCUCGACGCCGCCGCCAAGCCGGGCGCCGUCGAGGGCGGCAAGGCGGCCCUGUCGGCGUCGCUGCUGCCGCCGCCGCCGAACGGGGCGCCCGGGGCGGGCCCGCCUCCCUUCAGCCCGCCGCCGCCGCUGCCGCCCUCGGGCGGGGGCGGCCUCGAACAGCCGGCCGGGUUGACGUGCUCGCCGGCGCAGCCCUUCAAGUGCGAGCAGCUUUCUUCGGAAGGAGAAAACGGCCAGUCUAUUCAACCCCCCACCUCGGAACCCUCGGAUGGUUCCAGCCAAUCGGCGUUACAGGCAGCUGCGGACCUUUCAAAGAGCCAACCGAAGAGGUUACACGUCUCAAACAUUCCAUUCAGGUUUAGGGAUCCAGAUCUUAGAGCAAUGUUCGGGCAAUUCGGCCCAAUUUUAGAUGUAGAAAUAAUUUUUAAUGAACGUGGAUCAAAGGGUUUCGGUUUUGUAACAUUCGCAAAUAGUGCUGAUGCGGAGCGCGCACGAGACCGACUACAUGGCACCGUGGUUGAGGGAAGAAAAAUAGAGGUAAAUAAUGCCACAGCAAGAGUACAAACUAAAAAACCGCCAACAAUACCUGCAGUUCCGAUCAUCCAGUGGUCGGACGCCACCUUGAGGGCGAGCGUGGCGGCCCUGCAGAGGGGCAGGGCGCGCGCGGCGUACCCGGCGGCUGCGGCGGCGGCAGCGGCGGCGGCGGCCUUCGCUCGGCAUCCGACGCCGAUGGCGGGCGCGCUUCCUUAUGCGCAGGUCAUAAACGCGCUGCCGGUGGACGGCGGCGUCUAUUACGAUCCGUUUCUGGCUGCGCACGCCGAUCCCAACUAUACGUCGAGGUUGCAGGCGGCGGCGGCGGCAGCAGCUGCAGCCAGCACCCCCCUCCUCAAGACGCCGCUGUCGCAGGCGCAGCAGGCGAGCUACGCGGCCGCCGCCACCUACACGGCUGUAGCGGCGCGCUACAACGCGGCGGCGGCGGCGCAGCAGCAGCAACAGCCGCAGCCCCAGCCGACGGUGGCGGGGUACGCGAUGGCCGGGUACGGCAGAGAGUACGCCGAUCCGUACUUGGGGCACGGGAUAGGGCCCAUGGCCGGCUACGGGGCCGCUGUUUAUCGCAGUGGUUACAACCGUUUCACCCCCUACUGAACAUAUCGGCAGCUCCGCAAGGCCUACCAACAUAAAAUACUCAAACAGAAAAAAACAAAAACAAUGGUUGAUCGUCUUGUGUACGCGUAGCACAAUACAGCACAAACAUGGAUAUAUUACGUUUUAAGGAAACAAGUAAAAGAGCCAAAGAGCUGAAAAACUCACUAACGUAAAGCCCUUGUGAUAGCCCAAAAAAGCUAACCCAGCUCUCUAACUUAGAGUUAAGUUGUAGAUUGUAAGAGUGCAUUUCCGUUCACUUGUACUUGUGCUCGGUAUAGUACGGAUUCAACUCGAACUACUAGCAGAUGGUUUAUUUGCCGAGGAAAACUUUCGCAUUUUAUUGAUAUAAUUAUUUUGAAUGAGCAUCUUAUAAAAAAGCCACGAGCCGUAAUUCUGCAAGUCUUCGUUCAAUGAAUAAAAACACAAGUUCAUUGGGCGAAAAACACUACAAACUACUAUAACUAAUGUCAAUUUCAUUCAAUGUUAGUCAAAGAGCAUACACAAUUUUUUUAAUAGAUGAUUUUUAUUUGCUUCGUUGAUUUCAGCAAUUUUUCUUCAAUUCUAUGAUGUGCCACAAGUUAGUUAGUAACUCAUUCUUGGAAAAACAUCAUGAUCAAUUCAAACUAGUGUCAAAUUCAGCGAGUUAGAAAACCGAAGCAAAUGGUACCGGGUGACCAGUUAUAUUCUGACCCAUUUCAAAUGCUUAUAUCUCUGAAACCAUUCAAGUUAUCGUUGUGCAGUUUGGACUAGUCUAUUUUGAUAUUUUUCAAGUUCUUUUUGACAGGUUCACCUUCUC